AUGACCAAUGACGAAACGAAAGGUGCUCAACUGAUGGCACGCUAUGACCGUCUGAUUGCUGCAUUAAGUAAAGAUGCAUUUCAAUCUUCUACAGGAGUUUAUGCACGAAUGGAAGACGCUUUUGCUGCGAUUGAAAAGGCUGAGAAUGACGAGCAGAGACAACAACUGCUGACUGCUGCUACCGACAAGAGCAUACGCUGUGCAGAGCUCAUUGCCAAGAGUUUAGAAGCCUCUGCAAGCCUUUCUAGACUACAACAGACAUUGAAAGUUUCAUAUAAUUAUUGUCAACAAGAUGAAAGUGAUGAGGAUGAGGAGAUGGAUUGUGAGGAGGAUACACCGAUAGAUGAAGGCACGACAUUAUUGCUGCAGGACUUGGUAGUGGCAGGAGAUGCGGUGGAGGAUGCAGCCAAGAACUACGCAUGUCUGGGUGUUGUACGCAAGACAACGCGUGCCAGUCAUGAUCUACUGACGUCAGCGGAGAGCCAUCUGAAGGAAUAUCUGGCGAGCGAGUCGGCUACGGUAGGAGACGUCGCUAGCCAGAACGACUUUCGAGAGCUGUACAUGGAGGAGUUUACGACGGCUUUUGGUGAUGAACUGGACCAGUUUCGUCAGGAAGAACGCUUUGAGAGCAAGGAUGUAACCUAUUUAAUUUCCUGUAUCCAUGCAGGCGGGGACAUCUUUUCGCCGCUGCAGAAAAAGCUCUUCGUUGAAUCGGUUGGGGCUAGUCAAGCGAUGGAAUAG